AUGGCGUCGUUACAGAAGUUCUUCCGACCGUAUCCCGCUGCGUUGUUGGUGCUGGUUGUGUCGGCGAGCCUUGUCAUCGGCAUCGGUGAGGUAACGGAGUCACCACCGGCAAAAAGCUCGUCAAUGCCACCGGUGGUAAUGCCGCCCGAGUACAACGAAAACAAGUUUCUUAAAUAUCUGUUCAACAAGUACGGCAGCAAGGGAGUGAUCUCGUUCGAGGGUUUGGAGCAUCUGAUGCACAGCCUCGGACUCGGCGGGCUAUAUUUUACCGGUUCGCACACGCUGAAGGAGCAUCGCCCUGACGGGUACGAUUUCAGGGACUAUGAUAUAUACGAUGGCGUGAGUCAACCACACGAGCAUAGUGAUGAUCACCACCAUCAUCACGAUGACGAUGAUGCUUCCACACCGGAACCGCCGGUGAUAACGUACGCAAACACUAAAGUGAGCAAUGGCGAUCAACGGCCCCAAUCCGAACAUCAGCAUCCGUUAGCGGACGAGCAUCAUCAUAAUCAUGCGACGCUACCACAGGGACCACACGAAGGACAGGUGCUCACAACAGAUGCUUCCUCAUCGACCACAGCAAACAGUGACCGGUCCUCGGCGGCAAACAGUACCGAUAGUGUUCCGCGGUCGGUUACCACGGUAGGACAGGACCGAAAGAUGACCGACGAAGAAAAUGAUCACGUGUGGCAGGAACUUAUCUUCAAAGACAUGCACGAUCCGAGACAUCGCCAUCCACGGAACAAAAACGUGCCAUUCUGCUUAUCACCGAUGUCCAUCGUUCACCUGGUGAUGGAGGAGCCACUUCUUGCCCGGCAUCACAAUUUCCGCAAGGCAAGAUCUCUACCCCACAACCAUGCCCAUGGCUCACCACUGUCCGAGGAUGAUGUUGAAGCCGAUUCUCGUAUCGAAAUAACACCGUCCGAGUUUAAGGAUCUCUGUCCUGCAUUCUUGGUGCAGCUGGAUCAGCGGGCCUGUUCCCAGAAGCUUCAAAAGGAGGGCAGCCCCCAUCGGGAGAAGAAAACGUUUUCGCAAGCAUGGAUCUACGCGACCGCCUGUGUACUGAUCAUUUCGCUGUGUGGUUUGGUCGGAGUUGCAAUGGUCCCACUCGCUAAAUCGAUCGCGUACGACGAUAUAUUGCGAUUCCUAAUCGCCCUGGGCGUUGGUACGCUUUGUGGGGAUGCACUGAUGCAUCUGCUGCCCCAUGCACUACUCCCACAUGAUGAUGGGGGCGAGCAUCAUCACGAUGCGCACGAUGUCGAGAUCGAUCACCACGGGCACGAUCAUUCGGCGGAAACGCGUGCCAUGUGGUUGUGUCUGUGUGCCUUCGGUACCGCGUUCUUCAUGUAUAGUUUAGAGAUGAUAUUACCACUGUUUCGGGACGGGGAUGCUCAUUCACACCAUGGACACUCGCAUACACACGCGCCCAGUUCGAAUCGCGUUGAGCCGCGAUCGACACAGUCUCCGACCAGCAAUAAUCACCAUACCCAUCGCGGGGAUGACAUCGAGCUGGAUAUGACGGACGGUGUGAAGGACAAGGAAGCCAAAACGAUGCUACAGAAGAAGACUGUUCGCAAACCGAUGGCAGCGGUAGCGUUUAUGGUAAUAUUGGGCGAUGGGCUUCACAACAUCACGGACGGUUUGGCGAUCGGGGCAGCAUUUGCGGUGGAUCCUGUCACGGGACUGGCUACCUCAUUCGCUAUCCUUUGUCACGAGCUGCCCCAUGAGCUGGGUGAUUUUGCACUGCUGCUCCAAACCGGUGUCAGUAUUAGGAGGGCAAUAUUCCUCAACAUCGUAUCUUCCGUUCUCAGCUUCGUGGGCAUGGCCCUCGGACUGCUGUUGACGGGACUUCACGAAUCGGUCGUCAGCUGGAUCUAUGCAGGAACGGCUGGCACAUUCCUGUACAUAGCACUGUCCGAUCUGGUGCCGGAGAUGCGUAACGAUGUCGCUAAAAGCGAGCAAAAAUUGAAGGUGAUUCUGAUCCAGCUGGUCGGGCUAGCGUUGGGAGCUAUCAUUAUGCUGUUGAUCGCGUUGAACGAGAAAGAUCUGCAGGCGCUGUUUAACUAGUGUGAGCGCCGUAGGUUUAGAUUCAGUAUUGUAAAUAAUGUUAGAAAAAACUAGGUUAUAC